UCUUAGUCUUUUUAUAUCUUCAUGCAACCAUACAAUUCACAAAACUUACUAUUUUUCACUUGAUAAAAUUGCAACCUAGUCCAAAAAUUAAUAACUACAAAAAUUAAUGAAAUAAAAAAAAAAUAAUAAAUGGAGAGCGAUAAUAUUAAUAAUAACAAUAGAGGAAAUUCAGGCUCAAAGUAUAGAGGUGUAAGAAGACGUCCAUGGGGUAAAUUUGCAGCGGAGAUACGUGAUCCUAAGAAAAAUGGCGCUCGAUUGUGGCUCGGGACUUAUGACACUGCAGAGGAGGCUGCUCGAGCUUACGAUAGGGCAGCGUUUGCCUUAAGAGGUCAUCUUGCAAUACUUAACUUUCCUAAUGAACAACACUAUCAUUCUAAUGAUAGUGGUUCUAGUGUUUUUGGUAGAAGUAGUAGGGGAAAUAAUUCAUUUUCUUCUUCAUCAUCAUCAUCUCAUCAAGAAGAUCAAAGAGAAGUUAUAGAGUUUGAGUAUGUUGAUGAUAAUGUGUUAGAAGAGCUUCUUGAUCAAGGGAGACACAAACCCUAGAGCUAUUUCCAUAUGCUCCAAAUUGCAAGCCAACUAUCCAAGUAAUCGAGCAUAAGCCAUGAGGCUGGGUAGUUGGGUGGAUUGGUAACUCGGACGGGUAUAAGCUUGGCUCGAGCCUAGUCAAUGGCGGACCUUCUGAUUGGCCGGCU